GGGGCCAGAAUGUAUAAAAGACCUAUCAUCCCAACAUCACUCCUAAAGAAAGCCUAGCAUUUAUAUCUACUCCUCCACAGGAGAGAGACUCAUCGAACAGUUCAGAAACUGCACCCAGUCAUCAGCCUGUCAAUCAAUAAAUCGACUGAAGCACCAAAUCACGGAGAGCAAAUACAAAGAGAAGCGACUGAUAGAAACGAACAGCCAUGAAUCUUGAGCCUCCCAAAACAGAGAUCAAGUCAGCCACCCGUGUCACCGGUGGACCUGCAACACCACGCAAAGGACCGCCCAAGUUCAAGCAAAGGCAGACUCGUCAGUUCAAGAGCAAGCCACCAAAGAAGGGUGUGCAAGGAUUCGGAGAUGAUAUCCCAGGCAUGGAAGGUUUAGGCACUGACAUCACUGUCAUCUGUCCCUGGGAGGCCUUCAACCAUCUGGAGCUUCAUGAGUUGGCUCAGUAUGGUAUCAUCUGAGACCACCACUGUCCCAUCAUCCUCUGUGCAAUUUAGACCUCUUCCUGUCAUGUGCUACAAACCACCAGCCAUUGGUUCCAAGAGGACCAUUCCUACUUUUAUAACAGAAUAAACAAACAAACCAGCAACAUUUAUAAAAAUGGAAAAAAAAAAAAUUAUUUGACUAUACGUCCUUCCGAUUUCUCUUUCUUGCAGUCAGAGUAAAUUUUUCAUGCCUGCUUUACACUAUAAAAAAAUCAACUGGGUUGAUUGGGUUCAGUUUUCAGACACUCUGCAGCUCUAUUCUUCUUUUUUCUACUCUUCCUCCCUCUUUUCUUUUGGAACACAAAACUUACCCAAGCAAGACUCAGAGUGAGUAAAAACAAGUGUCACACCCGUAAAAUGCCUGGCUUCUCAUUUCACGUGCCUCGGUGCCGCCUCCGUUCACCUACGCCGAGUUCAUAAGAAAAGAUUGAAGUCCUGUAGAGAUGACACACCAUGCUGGCUGACACUGAGAGUAAUUUGGCAGAGAGCUACAUUUAGAGCAAUCCCCAAAACUGUAACUCAGGUGACUAAAAGAUAACUGCAGAUCCUUAAAGAAGUUUUAGCCUUUCUGCCAUCUUCUACGUUUUUAUUUCUGUGCAUUUGGUGUAACUUUAAUGAUCUGUUUAGGGAAAAAAAUGCUUGAUUUACUGUAAAAAAAUAUAUUGUCUUGUUAACACUAUUUUUGGUCAAGCACGCUGUUGUUGUCCCUAAUGCAUGCAAUUCAAUAUAUGCAAACCCAACAUCCAGGUUAGUGGAUAGUUAACACUCACAUACAGAUAAUAGGGUAUAAAUCACACCCUGAAUUAUGAUUGUGACACUAGCAUUCAUUUUUGGUUUUAGUAAUUCUCUAAGGUAAGAAGCAGUAUUGGGCUGUCAAUUUCUGCUAUUUCAUCCUUCAUCAUCAUCGUCUUCAUCAUCAUAUCUUAUUAUCAUUAUGUCAUCAUCAUGUCCCUGUUUUUCUAACUAAUGCAUUUCUUUCCAUUUGUAUAUUUCAUUGUUAAUAUUAUUCAUUAUAAUUUUAUGUAAUCUUAUUUAGCUUCAUUUAAAUGUCCUGUAUCUUAUAUAGAUUAAUUUUUUAUUGAAUUUAAAGCCAAUAAUUUGACUGUUUCUUCAUUGUGUUGAGAUUGUGAGUAAUGUUUGUUGCAUGCUCUUUCACCAUGAAUUUUGUGGCACUUGUGUUUGUUUAGUUGUGGUCAGUCAUUCAUUCAUUCGUUUGUUCGUUCAUUCAUUCGUUCAUCCAUCCUUUAGUUACAUUUCAUGUUUUUAAUCUAAUUGAAUGAAUUGUAAUUGAAAAAGCCACAUUCCCAACACAGUCAAGAAUGUAUCCAAAAUAAAUAGAUUAAAUUAAAUUCAACAUUUUAAAAGAAACAGUCAAAGUACAGGUUUGCACAAGUAUGAAUAUAUAUGUUCAUUUUCGCUCAGAUCCUUUACAAAUAUUACAUUAUAUGCCCUAAAACCUCAAGCUCUGUGUGAAAUUUUGCUGUGAUGUUUGGACUGUAUUUUGCAGUAAAUGGUUUCAGGCUGCUCAUGUAUUGUGUCUCUGUGUUUGAGGGUUGACUCUUAAAAACAUCAGUGACUGAAGAGAUGUUUUCUCUCUAGGAUGAGAUCAAAAUAAAGUU